AUGCAACAGAAAAUUUUCUUCUUAGCUGUUUUGGCUGGAGUUUGCGCAUGUGGAUUUGGAUUAGAUUUAGCACAUGUUCAGACUGCCCAGCAACAAUUCGAAGCUGAGGCACGCGGUCUUAUCUCUGACUUUUACGGAACAGUUUUGUAUAAACCAUUGAAUCAUCUUGUUACCACACUUUCCUUACUUGGUGCUCAAUUACUUGCCGGUAUUGCUGAACAAGGUAUUCCAGCUCCAAAUGGACGAACGGUACAAAUGACUGAAGCUCAACUUCGGGGAUUUUGGAAUGAUCUUUUGGUCGGAAUUCUAAAACCAAUUGAACAAGCUGUGCAAAAACAAAAAGUAUGUCAGCAUUAUUUUAUUGCAAAUAUUAAUUUAUUAGCAACAUAUGAUGUAAAAAUAGUAGAACAAGCCAUUAAUGCAUUGAACACUAUUGAUGUAACAUUUUUAACUCAACGUAUAAAAUUACCAUAUAAACAAAAAUCUGUAAUUAAAUUUUCAUCUGAAAUGGUCGAAGAAUUUCGUAAAUUACAAUUAUAUGAAUUUGAUGAAAAAUGUUUAAUGUAUUUACCAGAAAAAUAUGAUUAUUACUUAGAAAAAUGUAUCGGAUAUUGUUACUAA